UAAACUAAUUUUCAAAAGAAAUUAUUCAAUUUAUGCGAAUGAGUAAAGAGUUUUUGUGAGCAGCCAGUUUAAAAUACGUCGCCGAUCAUAGUAAGCCCUGACUCCCGCGUUGGAAGUGGUACAACCUUCAAGUGCAUUCGCAUCAAUCAGAUUUUAUGACGGUUUAGGAGGAAACGGCACUUGAGCUAGCUCAUUUAUAUUUAUUGCUAAGAAAACACUGAUUCUGAGUCGGUAAAAAGGGGCCUUGAAUUGGGCAAGCAGGUCAAAAUGUCAAACAAGUAAGUAAACAUCAUUUCAAUGUCUUAUUAACGAUAUAAUUCUUUUUAGACGUUAGGUUGAAAAUUACACCGUCUGCACAGCAAUUCGAACUUUACAACAUAAUGAAGGUUGUACAUGGUGUCCUUGAGAUAAAAGCUUCACGACGAUGUAAAAGCCAUUUUCCUGCGCCAUAUAAAUAAAGAUUAUGAUUUGAGGCAAUUAUUUUUUAGCAAUUAUGCGAGUGUGUAUAUUUUAGGUAUGAGUGAACAGCUGCUAAGAGAAGUAUACAAUUAGGAUUUUCCGCCACUCCUUAAAACCCCUUUGCCUUAAGUUUACUUUCAUUGUAUCCAUCCGGUUUUUUUUCACAUGAAGAUAUUGCGCAUUCAAUAUUGGCGACAAAAGGAUAUUUCACAAGAGAAUACUCGGAGUUUACCCUAUUUUUUUAAAUUUUAAUUGGGGGUAUUAGAAGUGAACUCGAAACCCCCAAACGACAUUUAUGUAAUCAAACGAUAAUUUGGGCUGAUGGUUCAUGUAUGGCACCGCCUAAUAACUUGAGAAGAAAACAAGUCCGAGGGUCAAGGACCGAAAACAUCACAAGACAACAUGCAUAAAUUGAAAACAUUCGCUACAUUAAUUCGUAAACAGCUGUUGAUUUUGGAGCAUGCGUUGUAAGCGUUGUGGAUAAACACUUUAAAGUUUGGUGAGGAACAUUUAAACGGACACAGUUUCACCGUGAUGUGUUCUCCGCGACAAUAAAUGGCUUCCACAUCUGCGGAGACUGCUCGUCAAGCGCGAUCCCAAAGUGAAUCUGCCGCGCCAAGAAGAUCCAUUUUCCGCGACUUACUCACUCCCGCCGACAGCGAAACAAGGUAUCGACUGAGGGAUCUUCUUUCGUCAGACAAAAGCGAGGACAAGGAAAGGGUGCGUGUUGAACAUUAUGUUCACGACAAGUCAUUUAAAGAGAGAGUUAAAUUCUAUUUUGUAACUGAUCAAAGAUCUAGUAUAAGAUGGCAGAUAUUUCGUUUCACUCUGAAGAUAGUGUCAUGUGUACUGUAUGUUGUUCGUAGUAUCCAAGACACAGAACCUAACUUAGCAGGCGGUUUUGGAUGUCCUGAAAAUAGAACAGCUAACCCAGAGUGGUCUUGUCCUGAAUACAAAAAUGAAGACUUUUUUUGGUGGUCAUUGUUGUGGGUUCACAGACCUUUUGAAAUAUGGAUUGUACAAACAAUCAUUGCAGUUUAUAGUAUGCUGGAUGCAAUUCUCCUUGGUUACUUAACUUACAAGGGAGGCUCAGUCCUUAAUCAAAUUGUAAAUGGCCGUCUCAUUGCAGAGGUUUUUCUAGGGUUACCUUUUUUAGUAUCUAUAUUUUAUCUUCGACUUAGAAAUUUGUGGCUCCCUUUGUUUCUCAAUUGCUGGCUUGCUAAGAGUGCAUUAGAUACAAUGCUUAAUGAUCUUCACAGACUUGUCCUCCGCCAGCAGUCUGCAUUAUCACAGAAAGUUCUUAGAGUGAUUGCAACGGUCCUCUGCAUCAUUUUUACUGGAGUAUGUGGCAUCCAUCACCUUGAGAGACCUGCUUCAAAGUGGAAUUUACAAGUGUGUCUUUGGUUUGUGGUAGUGACUUUCAGCACAGUUGGAUAUGGUGAAUAUACUCCAAAUGACUGGCCAGCACAGACAUUUGUUAUGAUCAUGAUAGCCUUUGCUCUCAUUCUACUUCCUGUUGAGUUAGAGCAGCUGGCUUUCUUAUUGGUAACUCGUCAAAAGGAAGGUGGCGCAUUCAAUCGCAUGCUGGCUGGCUCUGACAAACAUGUGGUUUUAUGUGCAACAACCCUGAGACCAACUAUGCUGAUUGACUUCUUGAAUGAGUUCUAUGCUGAUGGUAGAUUACAGGACGUUCAUGUGGUUCUUCUUUGCCCUUCGGAUCUUGACAGCACUUUGAGAAUCUUGUUACAGGUACCACUGUGGUCUCAGAGAGUAACAUACUUAAAAGGAUCGGCCCUUAUUGAUGAAGACCUGAUAAGAGCCAGGGUUGAGGAUGCUGAGGGAUGCUUUAUACUCACAGACAGAUAUGCAGACGACAGGGAGGCAGCUGACAAGCACACCAUUUUGAGGACCUGGGCCAUCCAAGACUUUGCACCAGCCACACCUCUAUAUGUGCAGAUCCUUAAGCCAGAGAACAAGUUCCAUGUUAGCUUUGCAGAGCAUGUAGUCUGCGAGGAUGAGGUCAAACAUGCACUGUUGGCUAGUAACUGUGUAUGUCCAGGAAUCUCAACUUUUUUCACUCUUCUUCUCCACACUCUUCAUGAGCAGAGUGGAUCAGAGGAUUGGCAUGAUAUUUAUGGCAAGUGUGCAGGAAAUGAAAUAUAUGACAUUCAGUUAGGUAAAAGUGAGAUCUUCAGACCACAUGCUUACAAGACAUUCGCAUAUGCUGCCUUCCAUGCACACAAGAAGUAUGGAGUGACACUCUUUGCAGUUCGUCCAGUGGGGAAAAAUAAACGCAUUAUGUUAAACCCUGGGCCCUCACAUGUGAUGAACUAUGAGGAUCGUUGCUUCUACAUUGCAAUCUCAAGUGAAGAAGACACUGCAUUCAAAGCCUACAAGGAGCCAAAAGAGCCAGUUGGCUUGUUUAAGGGUAGCUUUCGUCAAAAAAAUGACUCCUUUAUCACUGCAAGCUCUGUAGCUCUUGAACUAAGACCUGAACCAGUUGGCCUCAGGUACUUAGAUGAAGCUCCUGCAAAUGGUGUUGGACACACAACCUCUCAUGAAAAAGUCAUGCCUUCCUCAACUCUCAAACCAGGGCGUGAUCAGGGAUCUCCUGAGAGGAAAGUUUCGAGAGGGACUAAGGAAGUUAAUUUUGAUAUAGCGGAUUCUAGACGAUCGUCAAACUCCGUGUAUGUACCCAAUGAAUCAGAUUCUGAGGAAGGAGAAGCUUCUGAACAAGAGCUCGAUUUUCUUGAUGACACAAGUAGAAUUCCUAAUUACGUGGUAGGAGUCCCACCAUGCUCAUUGUAUAUUGGGCGCACACCUAUAAGAUGCCACCUCCUGAAGACUCCUAAAAAGUGUUGUUGUUUGGGACUUAGGAAUGAGGCCUGUUUAGACAGAGAUCUAAAUGACAGUGCAAGAUUACACCAGAGGCAGCAUGGAGCUAUCAUUGUGGCAUCUCCUGUAGCAGAAGCUGGAUUGUACAACUUUAUUCUUCCUUUGAGAGCUUACCAGCGCCCUAAGUGCACCCUUAAACCUAUUGUGCUGCUUCUAAAAGAAGAACCCAAUGAAGAUUUCUUGAUGGCAGUUUGCCACUUUCCCAUGGUGUAUUAUAUGAUAGGAACUAUAAACAGUCUAGAUGAUCUUCUCAAAGCUGGUUGUCUACAUGCUGACAGCAUAGUGGUGGUAGGCCAUCGGUGUCAUGGUCAGAUGUAUGAUGAAGAACACAUGGCAGAUGCUAGCACCAUAGUAGAUGUACAGAGUAUCUACAGAUGCUUUCCAAGAGCGACUCUGAUUGUGGAGCUGACACAUGCCUCCAACAUGCGCUUUAUGAAGUUUAAUGCUGACAUGGCUCUUCCUCCUGGACUACAAAGUGAAUCAUUGGCCAGUUUUAAAACACGAAGCUUCAGAGAGAGUGUUAAGAGGAGAAUCAAACAGCAGAACAAGGACCACCUCAACUACAUGUUCCGUGAGCCUUUUGCUGCUGGUCACGUGUUCAGUAUGAGCAUGCUUGAUACUCUGCUCUAUCAGGCAUUUGUAAAGGAGUACAUGAUUUACCUGGUCAGACUGCUGUUAGGCUGUGAACAGUCUCCAGGAUCAGGAUAUCUCUCUUCACGGAAGGUAACUGAGGAUUACAUUUGGAUUGAAACUUAUGGAAGGCUUUUCCAACGACUUUGCUCAACCACUGGUGCAAUUCCUAUUGGCAUCUAUCGAUCACAUGUUCCAGAGGAGGACUUCACAGAUGCUUUUCCUAAGAGAAGAAAGAAAGAGAUUCGUGACAUCUCGGACAUCAUAGAACACAGAAUGAAAACUCUAGAUAUCAUUGGCACUCCUGACAUGACCCACAGAUCAGGCAAUUCCUAUGUGAUAGUUAACCCUAAUCCAGAAUUUGAGUUACAAGAAGGCGAUAUCAUUUACCUGAUUUGUCCAUGUAACACACACACAUCAGAUACAGAGGAAGAGCCAACUGAUCCAGACAUGAGUGAAAACUUGCCCAGUACAAAUCUGUGACAAGAUUGGUAGUAUUGAAGAGAAGAGCUGCUCUGCUGUGGGUUCCUUGAUUAAGGAUCGAAUCAUGACAAGUGCUGAUAUUCCCACCUGAAACAAUCGCUGAGAGAUGUGUGGUUGAUAAACAGCUAGAGCAACCGCAUCAAAAAACAUUUCUGUGGUCUUGCCCUCUGUUUUUGUGUAUUAAUCAGGCUGGGGAGACCGUGUUUUUGAACGAAGAUGCUUACAAUCUCCAAUGUUUGUAAUACGCUUAGAUGCAUGCGAUUGCCAAGCAAGUGUAUUCCAGAAAUGGAUUCUGAACUAUGGCAGUUUUAAUUAUAGUGUCAAGUUGACAGAGCAGAAAACAAAAUUUUAUAAAACAGAUACUGAGAUUAUGAGAGAUAUUUAAAUAGAGAUUCAGACUACUAAUUUUGUAGUUGUAAUCACAAACCUGCAGUGAAAUGAAACUACAAAAAAGUGAAGUUUUAGUGCUAUAAUAGUUGUAGUUUAAGACCAGAUUUUGUGUGCUUCACAAACAAAAAGAAUAUUGUCCAAGAAAUUAUGUGAAUUUUUUCACUUGGUAAAUAAAUGACAUUAUAGGUCAUUCUCAGUCUUGCCACAACUGUUGUCUAAUAAUUUAAGAUGUUGUUAAGAAUGUCAUCUUAAAAGCUUAUUUUAUUUAAUUCUGCUUUAUUAUUUUAAUUGUUAUGCUGUAAUGUGCUAAAUUUAGCACAUCUUGUGGGAAAUGAGCAAAGUCAUGCCACAAUGUGACAACUUAUUUGUAAUUUGCAGAGAAAUAUGACUUAGAUUUGUGGGAUUUGUCAAUUUUACUGCAAUUAUUUUUAAACUAAUUUGCUUGCUGGCAAACAUAGGUAAUGCUGUCAAAGUUUUGUCCUACCAUCAAUAGUUAAUAUUUGUUGCAUUGUGUAUAUAUUAACUGUCUGCACAUGUUAUGUGGCUAUUAAUUUUAUAUCCAGGUUACUCUGGAGCAGCUAUAUCUGUACGAAUUUAUCUUUAGAUGUGUUGAAAGAAUUAUUGUGUUGUAAAUAUGCAAUGUUUGCAAAAUGGGAGCUGUUUCCUCAGGUUGUGUCUGAAACUCAGUAAGAAAAUGAUUGUGUAGUCCUUUAUAAGAGAGUAGCAAGGGUUUUGUAGGAAAAAGGUUAGGACUAAUGUCAGAGAUAGAGGUUUUUGUGAUAGCAUGCCAAUUAAUUUCAUGUUAUUAUACCCACCUAGUGAAUGACUAAAACCUUUAAAAAAUUCUUGUUCUGCAUUUGGAAUGUUGGACUGUCCUAUAUAGGUUCAAGGCAGUAUUCAGAACAAUUUCAGGAGUCACGUUUGUCAGCACAUGGUGGUCUGCAAGUAGCUUCUAUUUGAGUUAUAAGCCUAUAAUGGUAAUUUAACACAAAAUCCAAUAGGAAAUCGAGCGAUUUCAACUUUUGUGGACAAAAACCUUGUACCAGAAUAAUUUUAAGUAUAAUAGCGUCCUUUUUGCAUUUUCUAAAAGCUAAAUAUAUCAAUAAUUAUUUGCCUGAAAUAACACCUAAAACAAUUUCCCAUGGGAAGUCGAUGAAAUAAGUUUCAAAGUUCAGUGAAAUUGUGCAAACACAGGUUUAGGUCCAGUACUGGUGUUAUUUCACCAGUACUUUCGAGUGUUUUAUAUGAACUUCACAAUUUAUUUUCAACAUUUGGUGUGGCUAGAAAUGAUUUCUUUGGAGAAGACAUUUAAAACAAUCGCGUGGAAGGUUGCAAUACAAUGUAAAUAAUGUUGGUACUAAGUUUUUGUCCAGCUGUUACUCGAGCUUCUGGUGGAUUCCCUCUUAAAUUGUGUCCAAAAUAUCCUUUUUGUUAAUGUUGUUAUAUAUCAAGAGUACACUUGACUCUCGGUUCUUGAUUAGUCACUGGUCCGCAGAAAAUGUUGUUAAGUUGUUGCUUUUGAUAAAUGUUUACAAAUUUUUAGAAU